AUGGACAAAUUAAAGUAUAAUGUCAUCUAUGUCAACCGAAAUGCCCGUCAGGACGGACUCAUCCCGGCUGCGCUGGCCAAUUCGGAGAAUACCUUGGCCAGCGUUGUCGGCGAGUCGGGGCCGAGCGGCUUUGGAAAGGACCUACGGUUCUUGUUGGAGUUUAGUGAUGUCCACGUUUGCGCAACCGGCGCAUCUUGCCUUACCCACCUGUUCAAACUACACGACUCUUCGAUGCUUGACUUGAAGCCCACGAUUGUAUUAAUAGAUACGCCCCAUAACGAGCGAAUACCCGAACCUCGACCUCGAACCCGAUCUACAUCGCCGCAUUCUAGAAGCCCCCUCACCGAGAUCCAAAUCCACACGCCCGACGAGGAAGUGUAUGGUUUAAAGCUGCUACAACGGGUAAUCACCGAAUCGCAUUUACGGAAUCUAGCGAAGCUUGUUGUUCCCAUUCCCAUCAUCAAUUGCCUGCCUUGUGAGAACGAAGCUACCGAAACGAGUGAAGCGAACUCUCUAAGCGCUCUCCGACCGAGCCCAGCGUUGUUGAAGCGAUGCGUGGAUCUAGGCGCCGGGGAUGUUAUCAUUAGUCCGUUGGAUACAAAGUCCAUGACAAGUCUUGCCGUCCAGGCCUACAGGGCACACAGAGAAGCUGCAAGGGAGCAGCAAGCCUUGCUCGAGGUCCGCAGGGGCCGGAAGCUGUCCUGGGUUGGCGUACAUGAGGAAAAGCCCUUUUCCUAUCUCCGCGAGGCCAUGGUCUCCGGCUUAAUGAAGGGCCUCUGUCGCCGAGGCCACGAGUACGACGACACGAUUGGGGGCGCCAAGAUUGCCAUUCCCCAGGAGCGACGUUUGGCUGUCGCCAGCGCUGUUGGUGAUUGGCAUUUCUCUGCCCACGACUUUGCUGACGACGAGCUACUCGUCGGAGCGAUGCUCAUGUUUAAGCAUGCCUUGAGCAUGCCUGCCCUGGAUAAAUGGCGGAUACCUACAGACCAAUUAAUCAACUUCCUCGUCGCAUGCCGUGCGGCCUAUAAUACCUUCGUCCCUUACCACAAUUUCCGGCACGUCGUCGACGUUCUCCAGGCCACAUUCAACUUCCUCGUUAAUAUUGGUACUUUCCCUGCCUACCCCGCCGAUUCUUCUUCCACUUUGCUGGCACAAGAGCAAGACAAGUCACCAAUAGCCAGUCUGCUCCAGCCCUUUGAGGGUCUUGCGCUACUGAUAACAGCGAUCGGCCAUGACGUUGGUCACCCUGGUGUAAACAAUGGGUUCCUAAUUACUCUUAACGCUCCGCUUGCCCAGCUUUACAACGACAGGUCGGUUCUCGAGUCAUUUCACUGCGCCGCUUUCUCACAAAUCCUCCGUCGCUACUGGCCUGUAGCGUUUGAAGACACAAAGAUGAGGAAAUUGAUGAUUAGCUCGAUAUUAUCAACGGAUAUGGGUCUCCAUUUUGAGUACAUGAAAAAGCUAUCGGACACGCAGGAAAAAUUACGCGCGGCCAAUACAACCGAUGGAUGGGAUGGGCGCACUAUCGAUGACCAAAAAUCUCUCGCAUGUGCCCUUCUAAUCAAGUGUGCUGAUAUCAGCAACGUGGCCCGGCAAUAUACCACGGCUGAGCGGUGGAUGCACAUAUUAUCAGACGAGUUCUCUCGACAGGCUUCGAUGGAAACAGAACUUGGCAUCCCGUCGGCUCUGGCCUCACAGCCAAAGAAGGAUAUCAGCUCGCUCAUCAAGUCUCAGCUUGGGUUCAUGGAGUUGUUCGCGAUUCCUCUCUUCCAGGGGGUUGCAGAUAUCAUGCCCUCUCUAAAGUACACCGUCGAGGAACUUUUGAUCAACCGAGGACUGUUCGAAACGGGCGCCACAGACGUACAAGUAAACGGCGAUUCCUAUCGCCCAGAAACGGCACCGAGUUCCAUGUCGUCUCAUAACAGUAGUGCUAUGGGUUGCCCUGCUGCGUCAGACAGCGAGGUGGAAGGCUGUAGCCCUGAGACAACGAUAGUGUUGGCUCCGGCAGUGGCGGCGCCGACCACCCCUGUAACGCCCCUAGACUUCCCGAGGCCGAACGGCGUAUCAUAUUUUCCGACGACGGUCGACCACUUGACGGAGGUUAAUCAACGAGGUCCGAAUUCUACGACUGACGACUUCAAAGCUGUAAACGGCAUUGUGACAACGUUCGAGUCUGUCGCCGAUUUUGCGGCCAGUGACCCAUUUAAUAUGCGGUACCGACUCGAUAGCUAUGGUGACGGAAAACAGUUAUUGUCGGGGAAGCAGCGAUGUAGCGAAACGACCGAUGGUAGCAACUCGGCCCCCUACUCUGGAGACUGGACUUCGCAGGCCACAAGCGCGACGACGGGCAAGAUGCCCCUCUCGCCGAGCACCCAGGGCACUAGCAUUGCCAGCAGGGAAUCUAUUGACCGCCCGUCUGGUGUUGUGCAGCCGUCUUCGGGACCGGUUCACGACCCAAACAAAUUACAACCACCGAUCUUAGCGCCCGAUGUGGAUCUUCGCCCGGAAGUGACGGUUACCGACUCGAGCCGAGAUGAAGACUCUACGUCUAACGGGAGCACGGGGAAGCCGGAGAGCACUACGCUGAGGAAGAGACCAAGCAGGUUCAGGAUGAAUGCGCUAAACAUCUUUAGGCGCAAUAAGACGCCUACGAGUGCGCAAGUGGGGGCAGCAGCGGACGCAAACUUAUGA